CCCAAAAAUGACAGCAGACGCCAAUAAAAGCGAAUCACUGUUGUGUAUGGAUAAAGCUCGAGAGGCUAUUAAAUCUGGUGACACCGAUAAAGCAAGGAGAAUGCUGUUGAAGGCGAAAAAGUUGGAUCCUGGUCAAAAUAUUGAAUUUCUAACGAAAAAGAUAGAUGAUAUGACAAACAACACAUCAUCAUCUUCCCAAACAUCUUCAUCACGUGCUUCAGAAGAACGUAGUUAUGCUCACGACGAUCACUAUGAUGACCCAAACUUAAGGAAUCGAAAAGCUAGAAGUCCUGUAAAAAAGAAUGGAAAAACAGAACCAGAACCAAAACAACGAUCUGCAUCAAGAACACCUAAACUUGGCGUUGAUUAUACCAGUGAACAAAAAGAAUUGGUCGAGAGAAUUCGUCAUUGCAAGGAUUAUUACGAAAUUCUUAAAAUUGACAAGAAGGCGAGCGAUGAUGAUAUUCGUAAAGAAUAUCGAAAAUUGGCGUUGAAGUUACAUCCGGACAAGUGUAGAGCUCCACACGCUACGGAGGCGUUCAAGGCUCUUGGAAAUGCGUACGCAGUGCUUUCUGAUACUGAUAAACGCCGACAAUACGAUCAAUAUGGAGCUGAAGCAGCGAAUUCACACACUCCGACAACAAGAAGACGUGGUGGAGGACAUGGUGCAUUCUUUGAACAUGAUUAUGCACAUGGAUUCGAGGCCGAAUUCACACCAGAAGAGAUUUUCAACAUGUUCUUCGGAGGCGGAUUCCCUACCGAACAAGUUCGCCGACGUGCUCGAUAUGCUCAACAGCAACAGUAUCAUCAUUAUGAACAACAGCAAAGUCCAUAUGGACCACUUCUUCAAUUAUUGCCACUUAUCGCCAUUAUGGUCAUUGGAUUGUUAGCCCAGUUGAUGGUUGGAGAACCUGCGUAUUCACUUCAUCAAACUUCAAAAUUCACAAUAAAACGACUGACAGCAGAUUUACGAGUUCCAUAUUUUGUACGAACGGACUUUGAGACCUCGUAUCGAGGACGAAUCCGACAAGUUGAGCAACAAGUGGAAGAUGAUUAUAUUCAGAAUUUACGGAUGAAUUGUUAUAAAGAACAAAAUCUAAAAGAAACAAAACUUUAUCGAGCUCGUUGGAUGCGUGACGAAGCAAUGAUGCGUGAUGCAGAACGAACACCUCUUCCAAGUUGUAUUCGUCUCAAUGAAAUUUAUUCUCAUUGAUUUCACCCAGUUGAUCUGUUUUCAUAUAAUAUUCAAAUUGUCUGGAAAUGCCGGUGUAUCACUUCCUCCUCUUUUCCUCAUCUCCUCCAUUCAAGACUUUUAUUAGGCCUCCUACCCCUUUCUUAAAUUUUUCGGAAAAGAGAUAAUGGUUCAAUUCUCCUCCACAAAAAACACUUGUAUACGGGACAAUAUCGUUUACUUUUUGCUCGUGCCUCUUUCUUUUUUUUAAUUAUUACUUCAUGUUGUUUUCUUAACGUUCCUCGAAAAUGGCUCAGCUAAAGAGUUCUGUGAUUUGUGUGCUCCAGUCAGAAGAUUUCCACGUUUUCUUUUAUUUUUAUUGCUCCCCAAUAUAUUCUUCUACUCGUUUUUUGUAUUCUUGUCGUAAAACCAUGAUUAGUGAUUUAUUUUCUUUGAAUAAUAAAAUUGCCAAAGAUUUCCAAGUGCCUUGGCGAAGA